UGGACUGUGUGUGUGGGGGGGGGGGGCUGCAGCUGAUUUGCUGAUGCCAGGGAGCCAGUGCAGCAUUUCGUGGUGCAGGGUGUAUAACGCGCUGUGCCGCCCGCCUCGGUCCCCCCCUCACACACACACACACACACACACACAUGCGAGCGCCGCGGCUUGGAAGAUGCUGCCGACCGUCAAGAUUUGGGCACUGCUCUCCGUGUCGCUGUGCUGCCUGUCGCAGCCGGGCCAUUUGAAGAAGGCUUUCCGAUGCCCUUCGACGUGCAGCUGCUCCAGGGAGUCCAUCAUGUGCGUCGGGUCCUCCUACGUCCCAAGGAUCAGCCCCAACGAGAUCAAUUCUCUGAGUAUCGUCAAUGGGACUUUCUCCGAGGUCAAAGAGGCGAUGUUCGCCCACAUGUCGUCUCUGCAGCUGCUGCUUUUGAAUUCCAACUCUCUCACAACGAUCAGGGAUGAUGCAUUCUCAGGCCUCCCACAUCUUGAGUACCUGUUCAUUGAGAGUAACAAGAUAGAGACUGCAUCCAAAUAUGCCUUCAGAGGACUCAGGGAUUUGACUCACUUGUCUUUGGCAAACAACAACAUUAAAGCUUUGCCCAGGGACAUCUUCAUUGACCUGGAAUCACUAAUAGAGCUGGACCUGCGAGGGAAUGCCCUUGAGUGUGACUGCCGUGCCAAGUGGCUGAUGACGUGGCUGAAAAACACCAAUGCCACAGUGUCAGAUGUCGUGUGUGCCGGACCGGAGGACAUGAAGGACAAGCGCCUCAAUGAUAUGACCAGCCUGCACAAUGAGUGCGUCUCAACAGAUUUCGUCCUCCAUCAGUCUGUGAUGUCCGAAUCUCUGUCAGUGGACACAUUCAGUUAUAAGAAUGAUGUCUACGUGGCUAUUGCCGCUCCCAGCCUAGAGAGCUGUAUGGUUUUCCAAUGGGACCACAUAGAAAUGAACUUCAGGACUUAUGAUAACAUCACAGGUCAGUCCAUUGUGGGGUGCAAGUCAGUUGUCAUCCAGGACCAGGUUUUUGUCAUCGUGGCCCAGCUCUUUGGGGGUUCCCACAUCUACAGGUUUGAUGAGGACCAAAGCAGGUUCAGCAAGUUCCAGGACAUUGAGGUGUCCAAGAUCUCCAAGCCCAACGACAUUGAGGCGUUCCAGAUCGGCCCUGACUGGUUCUUUGUGAUCGCUGACAGCUCGAAAGCUGGCCUGUCCACCCUCUACAAAUGGAACAGCAAGGGCUUUUAUUCAUACCAGUCACUGCACGAGUGGUACCGCGACACAGAUGCAGAGUUCUUGGACUUGGAUGGGAAGGCCCACCUUAUCUUGGCAAGCCGCUCACAGGUGCCUGUGAUCUACCAGUGGAGCCGGAGCAACCAGAAGUUUGUACUGCAGGGCGAGAUCCCCAGCAUGGAGGAUGUAGUAGCUGUGAAGCACUUCAGGAUCAAGGGGGAACUCUACCUGGCUCUGACACGCUACAUCGGAGACUCCAAAGUUCUACGCUGGGGUACCAAACAGUUUGCUGAGAUCCAGGCCUUACCCUCACGAGGCUCAAUGAUCCUGCAGCCGUUCUCUUUCAAAGAAAGUUUCUACCUGGCCCUGGGAAGUGACUACACCUUCUCACAGAUCUACCUGUGGGAUGAUGAGAAAAAACUCUUUGACCGUUUCAAGGAGGUUUACAUCCAGGCACCGCGCUCCUUUACUGUGGUUUCCACUGACCGUAGGGACUUCAUCUUUGCCUCUAGCUUUAAGGGAAACACACAGAUCUUUGAGCACAUCAUCGUUGACUUAAGCUUGUGAGGGGCUGCGCCUUAUCGCCCCUCCCGCAAUCUAACGUCUUCCACUAAAAAUAUAUAUUUGUGAAGGGACAAGAACAGACUAGAACAGACUUUUUGAACUGUAAAAAGAAAAAAAUCAAUUCUUACAUACUUUCUGUCACAAAUGAGAGCUGGGUCAAGUAGUGUUUUGAAUCCUUUGAGUUUCUUAAGGUAUCUUGACCAUUUCUUAAUGGCCUUGUCCUAUUACCUGUCUUAUGGUCUCUCAGACUUUCAGAGGAACUGAGGGCAAGAGUGAGGUUGGCAAUUGUAUAAAGCUGAACCUGAAAUUCCAGCUGACAUUCCUGAGGGUAGAAAAUGUACCUAUUUGGAUGUAUAGAUUUCUGUUUACUAUCCCCUUUGUUAACAGUUUUAUACCCAUGAUGAAAGAACCAGGACCUCUGAGUAAGAUCAUAUUUCAAAUCUUAUUUAAUUUUCAUUCGGGACAACUGAGGAUGUAACACAUUUGGUUGCCACGUACCUCAUGUCCUGGUGGUAAUAUACAAGAUGUUGCCUUCUGGGUUUGAUGAACCCACAGUGCCUCCCUCUGGCCGUGAUAAAGUAUCACACUCCUUUGCUUUUAACAGGGAAUGUCUUCAAAGCACAAACCUUUAAUUAUCAUAGCUGAGAUCACAGUCCUUAGAGUGUAGUUGUUUAGCGGGAUAUUUUUUACUGUUGCUGCCAUCGAUGAUGUUGCAUACAGUAAAAAAGAAAAUUUGUUGGUUUGUUGUCUGGGGAGGAGAACUAUUCAGGACUGGAUAUAACUUAAAAGUUUAGAGGUACUUAAUGUGGCAAAGUAGGCAGAAGCUGUUUUUAUCCAUUUAGUGGAAAGGACUUGUGUUUAGGUGAAGUCAGGGAUAUUAAACCUACUAACAAGUUUGACAAAAUAACCCCAGUUGUAGGACAACUGAAACUUUCAUUUUGGUUUCAGGCAAACACAAAAAAAGCUCCUCACAGCUGGAGUCAGUGGACACAAUUUAAUAAAUACAUUAAUUUAUUACAAUAUGUGUCCAAAAAUGAAAAAAACGCAUGUAAAUAUUUCCAGUUGAUAAGGGAGAUUUUUCAGUCUGUCUUUCUGUUCUUUGAAAAUAAUGAAUGUCGCCUCACAAGCAACAAAAUGUACAUAAAAACAAGGACAGCAAUGCCACUACCUGUUUGUCACACAAAAAUCGCUACAGAUCUUUGCACUUACUUAAAAAUAAAAAUAAAAUGUUACUGCAGCUUGCAAGAGCAUGACAUUCAAAAAAGGGUGUUUGCCAAUUCUUUUUAGAUGAACCUAACAAAAUCAGAAGUCUGAAAACGCUUCUAUUCAUUAAGUGAAUGGUAUUGCAAAUUUAAAAAAAAACAACUGCACUUUUAAACAAAGAUUCUUUUUAAUGAAUAAGUUUUAAGCAUAUUGAAUGUUAUCCUCCAAAUAUACUGUAAGUUGAAUCAGUUGUAUAUGAAAAUAAAUGUGAAAAAUUAUGA